AUGGGUAGGGGAAGGGUUCAGCUACGGCGGAUCGAGAACAAGAUAAGGAGACAAGUGACGUUUUCAAAACGAAGAACGGGUUUGGUGAAGAAAGCUCAAGAGAUCUCAGUGUUAUGUGAUGCUGAUGUUGCUUUGAUUGUGUUUUCUCCUAAAGGCAAGCUCUUUGAGUUCUCGGCUGGCUCCAGCAUGGAGAGAAUUCUUGAUCGAUACGAGAGAUGUUCAUACGCCGGUCAAGAUAUUCCUACACCAAGUUUGGAUUCACAGGGUGAGUGUUCAACAGAAUGUUCCAAGCUCUUGAGGAUGAUUGAUGGUAUGCAAAGAAGCUUAAGGCACUUAAAAGGAGAAGAGGUGGAUACUCUAAGUAUCAGAGAGCUUCAGGGUCUGGAGAUGCAACUUGAUACUUCCUUAAGGAGAACUCGCUCUAGAAAGAACCAGCUCAUGGUAGAGUCCUUAGCACAGCUUCAGAAAAAGGAGAAGGAACUCAAAGAACUGAAGAAACGGCUUACAAAAAAGGUUGGUCAAAAUGAAGACAUUGAGCGUCAAAACCUCAGCCAAGGGUUAGCCUCAUUGGCAACGCCACCAUGUGAGCCACCGCACCUGUUGCCUGCAGGACUCAUAUCUCCUCAUCCUCCUUUAUCUAUUGGGGAUACAUCGCAAAGAAAUGAACUUGGAGAAGAAGAUGCCGGAACCCUAACUCGACCUACGAGUACAACAUUGCCGCAUUGGAUGCCUCGGCUCACUGGAGAAUAGAGAUCCGAAGGCCAUCUUGGUUUGUUAUCUUCAAGUACUUAAAUAUAUAUAAACGAAAUAACUUAUCGGUUUAAGUAAAACCAAACAGAAUAUCACGAAAUAUAUUCUGUUUUGGCAUUCUUAUAACCCCGGUGUAAGAUGUCCUCAUGUUUCAAACUUUGAACGAAUUUUAGAAAAUCCUGAAUGUGAUUUUGUAUAUUAAAUUAAUGAGUGUACCUUGCAUUUGUAAAUUUUUGAAGACGAUUUUGAUAAAUCUAAAAAUUCAAACAGGAA